AUGGUACAAAUUCAGACAAUGAAAGGUUUUGAUCAAAUAGGAGAGAUUACAGGCAUUUGUGCUGAGCUGAGAUCUUACUUGGUAAAGUCUGAAGGAAUGGAAUAUAGGAGGAAUUGCAAACAUCUACUUCCUGUAUCAGAACCAUCACCAUCAUUGCAGUCACAACAUUGUUCACAAGUUGAACCCUAUCUAAAAAGGCACUAUGGUGGAGGCAAAAGCUUUAACCAGUGUGCAGAAGUACUGGAAAGAGGGGUGCGAGUUAUCCUUGACAAAGCAAAAUGUCACAUAUCAGAGAAGGAAAAAGUAGAUGAAGAGGAUAGCUCAGAAGAAAGACAGACAGUAGAAAAUAUUACUGGAAAAGAUGUUGAAAGAGAAGGUGGUAUGGGAUACAAAGGUAACUCCUCAAAGGUAUCGGCAAACUCAGCUUCUUCUAAGGAACUAGCCACCCCGAAUGGGCGGUUAUUAAUCUUAGAUUCCAUUUCCACGUGGCUCAUUUCAUCUCUGGUUGUUCCCACUCUUAAAGGAGAAUGUGCAGUCAUCAAUACAGCUACUUGCCGUAUUGUUAAAGGAGAGAUCAGCCACGGAGCAGUUCAUUCUAUGUUAAGUAACAAGCUGGAAUUUCCAUCCUUUCUUCGCACCAUUUCUGGCACUGUGCAUCAAGAUUAUGCUCUGGCUCAACUAAUUAAGUAUUUUGGCUGGAAGUGGGUAGGAAUUCUAACGUCAAGAAAUGAUUUAGGUCAAACUAGUACUCAGAACCUUAAAAUACAAAUCGAGAAAUCUGGAGCCUGUGUUGCUUUUAUAGAAAAAAUGUAUCCCCAAUACUCGAAGGAAAACUUUCAAAAGAUUGUAGAGUUAGUUAUUCAGUCCUCUGUGAAUAUUAUCAUUGUUAACAGUGAUGAAGUAUAUGCAAAAGCAGCACUGGAAGCUCUUUAUGCAAAUAAUGCAAUGAGAAAAACUAUAAUUCUGAGUGCAUUCUGUAUCAUAAAUCCAGGAUUUUUCACUAAAGACACCUGGACCUUGAUAAAUGGAACUUUAGGUUUAAUUUCCACUGCUGCAGACAUAGCUGGUUUCAAGGAUUUUGUCUAUGGUAUGAAACCUUCUGCAUCUCCAAAAGACAUAUUUGUAAGAAUAUUUUGGAAGGAGUAUUUCAAAUGUGAUAUGGAAAUGAAAAAUAAUUCUGAAGCAGCAAAUCAGGAAAUGAUUUAUUGCUCUGGCAAGGAAAGUAUGAAAGACCUUGAUGUAAAUGUUUUUGACCUAAAUGAUAUGAGUUACACCUUCCCGGCAUACACUGCAGUGUAUGCAUUCGCAUAUGCCAUAGCUAAUCUUCUUAUAUGCAAACCUGGCUAUGGGCCCUUCAUUAAUGGUUCCUGUCCUGAUACUGAGAAAAUUCAGCCUUGGCAGGUGCUUCAUUAUGUAAGGAAUGUCCAUUUCUAUACUGAAUUUGGAGAAGAGGUCUAUUUUGAUGCAAAUGGUGAUGUCCUAAAGAGUUAUGAUAUUGUUAAUGUACAAAUACCAACAGCAGACUUCUUCAAGCUUAUAAAGGUUGGAAGAAUUGAUCCAAAGGCUACCAAUAUGAAAGAAAUCACAGUCAAUACCAGUUAUAUCAUAUGGCAUGAAGAAAACAAGAUCCCGCACUCUGUCUGCAGUGAGAGCUGCCCUGUAGGAUACAGAAGAAGCAUUAGAAGGGGACAGCCAGCCUGCUGCUUUGAUUGUUCUCCAUGUUCCGCAGGUGAAAUUUCAAAUCAAACAGAUGCAAGUAACUGCUUGAAAUGUCAGGAAGAUCAAUGGCCAAAUGACAAACAAAAUGAGUGUAUCCCAAAGGUUAUCGAGUUCCUAACUUAUGAAGAGCCCUUAAGUAUAUUACUGGUCAAUACAGUUGGUUUCUUGUCUUUCACCACAGCUGUAGUCAUGUGCAUCUUCGUCAAGUAUAAGGACACACCAAUUGUGAAGGCCAACAAUCGAGAGCUUAGCUACCUUCUUCUGUUUUCUCUCAAGCUGUGUUUCCUCUGUUCCUUACUGUUCAUUGGUCACCCAGUAAGUGUGACCUGCAUGCUUCGUCAGAUAGUUUUUGGUAUUGUUUUUUGUACUAGCAUAUCUUGUGUUCUUGCUAAAACCAUUACAGUUGUUAUUGCUUUCAAGGCAACAAAUCCAAAAAGCACAUUAAGGAGAUGGGUGGGAGUGAAGAUCCCCUAUUCACUUAUUGUUUGCUGCUGCUCAAUGCAAAUUGUUAUAUGUGCUGUUUGGUUACUUGUCUCACCUCCAUUUCCACAGAUGGAUAUUAAAUUGCCAACUAGCCAUGUUAUACUGGAAUGCAACGAGGGUAAAAAUGCAUUUUUCUACUGCAUGUUAGGAUACUUGGGUUUUCUGUCUACUAUAUGUUUUGUAGUCGCAUUCUUUGCUAGGUCUUUACCCGACAGUUAUAAUGAAGCCAGAUACAUCACCUUCAGCAUGCUGGUGUUUGUAAGUGUUUGGUUUUCUUUCAUUCCAGCAUAUUUGAGUACAAAAGGCAAAUACAUGGUUGCUGUGGAGAUAUUUGCUAUCCUGUCUUCUAGUGCAGGACUACUUGGUUGCAUAUUUGUUUUCAAAUGCUACAUUAUUUUGCUGCGACCUGACCUGAAUACUAGGGAGAACUUAGUAGGCAAAGAGAAAUUCAACAGAAAAUAA